AAGAUACUACAUUUUUAAUUAAAUAUAAUAGAAAUCAUUUUUGAUUAAAAUAUGAAGAACGGUCGAUAUAAUAAUUUUUAUUAGGAAGAAUUCAGCUUUGGCGGUUACAGCAAGUUGGCAUGCCCACGAUAUAUAGGCGUACACAUAUGUAAGCGCAACAUCUAGUCUUUGUUAUUGAAUUUUGAGUUCGAAGAUCGGUGGAGCCGGACUAUUUGAUCGACUCCAGCCUGACCGUAGAUAAUAUGCGGGUGUCGCUUAUCACGUACCAUUGGAGAACUGAAGCUGAAGCCCGAACAGCUGCUCUGCGGACAAAAACAAAAGCAGACGCAGAAACAGAACAGAAGCUACAAACAAUAGCCCAAGAUAGAAGCGAAAUCCGCAAUCAGCAGUGAAUGCCGAGCACUGAUCACGGCACAUUGAGACCCACUUAGAAGUCAGGAGGCCGAGCAAUGAACCAUCCGUUGUAGAACCGUAGAAAAUACCAGAGCUGUGCAGUCGCUAGGAGCAACAGGUGCCCGAAAAUGUCUCAACCGGAGGACCAGAAUGUUCGUCAGCUGCUAGGCUUGCUGCCCAAGGACCAGAGAAAAGUUUUCGAGACCUUUAUACAGUGGUUAAAUGGUACGGCCACUGGAGCUGCUCAUUUCUACCAAAGCGAAGUCCAAUCAUUACUCCAGUCCCACCCCUAUCCCUCCCUGCAGUUGCUGAAACUGCUACACGAUCGUUCCAAGUUGCACAUUGGUCACAUCAUCAGCUUUGUGCUGCGGCAGUUCCUAGAUGAAGAUGUCUCAUCCCCAAGAGCCCUUUGUGUGCUGGCUAACUUUCCGGGAAGUAUAUUGGAGGCGGCGACCCUGCGGCACAAACUGAUGACGCGUCUGGCCAGUGAUUCACCCAACAACGAGCAUCUGAUGCUAGCCCUGUUAUCGCGAAAUGAGGGUCAACUCCUGGAGGAUUUAAUACAGGAACAGGAGCUAACGAUGCGAAGGCAGUGUAGUGAGGUAGCGCCGUCCAGACAACUGGUUCUGUGGCUGGCCCUUAGUCAGAGAGAGCACUUUGUGGCCAGCUUGUGUCAGAAUCUUAAGGAUUUUGAGUGCUUUGAAGACCGCACAUUGAGAAACACCCUGUUAAUCCUGCGACUGGCCAAUGAGUUUGCUUUGGGCACCCAAACCAUUGACGAACUAGGCUGUCUGGAUAAGAGCCUGGCGGAGUUUGAUGUAACUGCUGUUCCCGAAGAGCUGAGAAAAGUGCACCAGUUUUUCUAUGCAGACUUUCAGCGCUUAUCCACGCUGCUUAAUUUUCUCAGGCCGCGAGAUGUAAGCAAAACCCUCAAAGUUGACUCAUUGUUACGAGCACCGAGCGUGCUGUCACUGAUUCAUGACCAAGGGAUCACCUGCGAUCAGCAGGAGCUACUCCGUCUGCUGGAGGAAACGCACAAGUGGCAGAUGCAGACACCUGCUUUGAAGAACUUCUAUCAGCAAGAUAUGGAGAUCCUUAGCUACUAUACGACUCUCUGUCACGUAUACGAUGUAAUCCUCGAGCAGGGCGAGCAAAACUGCAAGGCAAAGGUGGCCAAAAUGUCGGUCCAUCUGAGACAAAUACAUCAACUGGGAACCUUGUGCUCGCUUUUAGAGGAUAUUUUCCUCCUCGUCUUUCUUCGCUGGGAACAAUUGGACCAGAACUCCCAGAAGCGAAGGGAGGACGAGGACGACGAUGAGGAGGAUGACGAUGAGCAGUAUGUGGAUGAUGAUGUUGCCAGUCCACCUCGACCCACCGUUCCGCAGAGUCAGCGAUCCAGAUACGGAUUCAUCAUUCGAUCCCCUUCUCUUGUGGCGCUAUUCACAUUCCUUAAGACGUUUGUCACAAAGAAGUUGCACUCCCAGGACUUUAGAAGUGCGACGGAACACCAGCAACGUUUCCACCGCCUGGUCGAAGCCAUAAGCGAGGCUCUUUGGAAGUUGGGAGUGCUCCAGAAGAUCGACCAGUCCUUGGCUAAGGUAACGCCGUCGCUUACCUGUAUUCUAGAGCCGGAACAGCUUCUUCAGCUGGUGCAGCUCCACAGUACCGCCAAGGAGAAGGCCUCCAGUGACGAUGAAAGCCGUGAACGCAGCAACCACGCUUCAAGCUUGAACCGGAGAAAGGCCAAGAAGCAACGUCGUGCGGUUAGUUUCAGCGGAGCAGCUACGCCAAAGCCCUCGGGGGAUGCAGGCCCGAGUAUCGAUCAGUGUCGGGCUCGUGCCCAAUUCCUUUGCCCUGGUGGGAAUCGGAAGAAUUCGUGCGCCACUCCGGUCAAUGAACGAUGCAUUAUUCCGAAGAUGCUCAGUACUCCCGAGCAACUGGCCAUCAUGGCAUUGGCCUUAAAGAACUUCAACGAUGUCAAGCAGAUCAUUGAGACCUUUCACUUGGAGCAGAGCCAGCUGAGCCGGGAAUUGCAGUUCAUGGAGCAGCAGCAGCAGGUCAAGUUGAAGCUAGCCACCAUUUACGCCAAUUACCAGGCCCUUGAGGCACAACAGCCCAACUCCGGAGAGACCACGGUCGAGCAAAUCAAGGGUGUGGCAGCCAAAGGAUUUGAGUUGUCGAAGAUCAUCAGUGUGGUGGACAACUUUGCCCAAGCACAGCGGCUUCACCAGAGCCCGGAACUUAAGGAGCUGAUCCAGAAACACAGUGGACAACAUGCUUUUCUGCAACAGUUUGAGGAACGCAAUCUGAACGCGCUAAUGAUUUGUGAUUUGAUCGUAAACCUUGGCUUCAACCGGGAAAUCACCAGCAACCUACUGUUGGUCAUUCGACGACAGCAACAGCAGAAGAUCCCCAUCGAUGAAGCGAAUGUCACCUCUGCGUCCUCUGAGAUCGGAGCCAUGAAUCUCCUGCAAAAUCUGUGCGAGUGCAUGCGCCUGUUGGAGCGAUCCGGUCAGCAGCCGGCCCUGAACCAGAUGCUUUCCCUCCAGAGUUAUCCACUCCGACCGGCGGUUCUGGCCUUACAACUCCAGCGGGAGACUGCCUUCAAAGUACUCUAUGGCAAGCAACCAAUGGAGUAUGCGCAUGGGGAAGAGCUCAGAGCCAACGCCGGACAGUUCCAGCAGCUACGCUCCAGACACAACUACUAUGCCAGAUUUUGUAAUUACGUUCAACAGUUGGCGCGCCUCUUGCAGCUCAGAGAUCCCAAUGUGGAGUACCACACCACGCAGCUUUUGAAAAAUGAUCCGUACGAAGUCAUCGGGGAACUAAUCUACGAGUGCGGAAUAACGCCAUUGGAGAUUGAGGCUAGUGUGGCAGCGCUGCAUCUGAACUUGGUUCAUGUGAUCGCCCUCAACAUAUGUCCGCAGCUGGCGGAUGAAACUGCAGGACGAUCUCCACGUAAAGUAGCACCCCAGAAGCAGGAAUCCAUCCACAACUACAUUGCCCAGCACAAUCAGCUCUUGGCGCAACUCCUGUGGGCUGUGCAACACGGUGAUCUACCCGGGGGAGACGAAGGAUUGGACUUCACCUACCUGGGAAAUCUGAUGCACCUGCCGGAGGUGGAAAUCCAGUCUGCCAUGGACAGCGGUAACCGUGUCCUGGCCGCCCUGAAAGCGUAUAAGUUGGACAGUUCCAACUUAGAGAAGCUUGUGCCCAACCGAGAAAUGUUGCUGCAAAUCCUCCUGCUAGGAACAGGUGGACCAACAGAAUCUCCGGAGAAAAUAAACCUUCGAAUAGACUGUUACAUUGAAGAACUUAUCGAACAGGACCCGCGUAACAUUCAGCUUGUGGUGCACAUGAGUGAUCUUGGCAAGCGGGCUCAACUUUUAAAGGAGCACUUCACCCGUAUCUCCAGCAGCCAGAUGGCCAAGGAGCUAAUCGAGCGUUCAUUGCAGCAUCGUCUGGCGGCCACGGCAAUCCCACCCUUCCUGCGCUCCCAACUGGAGCACACACUCUCCGAUAUAACCAUAUACGCCAGGGUAUCGGCUCUGCUCCAGUUCGAGAGCUGGCCGCAGGCCUACGAUUUUGGCCGCCAGACCCCGAACGUGAUCUUCGAGCAGUUGUUGCAGCGCCGCCGAUUCAAACUGUGCCUCGAAUGGAGCCGGGUGGUCCUAUUGGCCAAAUGUGAAGCUCAGCAGCGGGUUUGCCUGCUUACGCUACUGGAUGCACUUCUGGAGCUGCAGGAUGGCGAGGAGGUUGACGAGUCGCUGCUAGAAAUUGUGGAGAUGUUUCCGGCCAGUUCUUUGGUCAACUUUUUGGACACGCAUAAGGAUAAGUUCAGGUCCCUAACGCUGCUCCAAUGGGUCAUCGAUUACUUGGAGGUCCAUGCCCGAGAUCCGCGUCUGUACCGGAACUAUCAGCUCUCCCUGGAAAUGCUGCGACAGAUAGAUGUCAGUGAACGUCCACUUUUCUGGAAGUUGCUUCGGCACCCUCUACUCAUCGUGGAACAGCUGGUGAUGAACGCCCGAUUCGAGCUGCUGGGAAAGCUGUUGGAUGCCAGUCGGGUCAAGUUACAGAAGGAGAAACCCUUGGGACCGUGUCCGUAUUGUUUUGAGAAGCGUGGCCACAUCUACGAUGUGCAACCAGGAGGCACUCCCGCCAAGAUUCGGUUUCAACUGGGACAAACCACAUCGGAGGCCUUCAUCCUGCUGAAUUUCAACUCCUACCAACAGGACCACUUUGUGGGGCAGGAGUGCUUGGACCUAUUGCUUCGAAUUUACGCCAGUAAGGCCUUGGACUACAACGUGGCCAAUGUGCGUGCCCCUUCCGAGCCAAGCUCUUUAGGCACGGACGUGCAUAAUUCGCUGGACUCCCUGUGCGGUGCCUUCGUAAUGCCCAAGCAUGCCCCCACCCGCCAGCAGUGGACCCGCGACGAAGAGGCCACCCACUGCAUGUGUUGCAGAAGGGCAGCUUUCACAAUGCUUAUGCGACGCCACCACUGUCGCCGGUGCGGACGAGUGGUGUGCUAUGCCUGCUCCACCCAUCGGAUGCGCAUCCCGGAGCUAUACGAUGAGCUGGAGGUGCGCAUCUGCAAUGAUUGCGCCAGUUGCUUGGCCCCCAAGGGUCAGAAUGAUGGGUCUUCCAGUGAAAGGAGUGUCACAACCGGUUCGGGAUCAGGAUCUUCGGGUCAGAGUGAUGCUAGCAAGUGGCGGCUUAGCGGGAUCAUCACACAUGAUAAGCUGUUGCGCGAGGAGUUCUCAUACGAGCAUGCCCCCAGUGUGGCACUCAGCUUGUCGAUUCUGAAAAAUCACCACGAACAGCGUAGUUGCGUCGAACUUCUGCUGUUCCACUGCCGCAAGCUGGAAAAGCUGAUUGUCCCCAAUCCAGAGGUGGACUAUGGCCUGGUGGCUAAAAUGAUCAACUGCCUGUCGUUUGCAGCGAAGGUUCGUGGAGCACCUGGGGAGUUUGAAAACAUUCGUGAACAUUCGGAAAUCAUUAUGGCCGUGGUGCAGCAGGGUUGCGAAUCCCUGAUUCCGGCCGGGCCACUCACUAAUCAGAAUCUGCGUAAAUUGGCUGAUGCUCUCGUGGAGGCCGAGCACUGGACCCUGGCCUUGGAAGUGCACCUCAAGUUCGGAUUUGCCACCACAGGGGUAAUGGCGGCCCACGGACUGGCCUGUCUUCGUGCCGGCUGCUAUGAAGCUGCCCGGGAGAAAUUCGGCCACUGCAUGACUCGGCUCUCCAGCGAACAACUCAAUAGUAUCAUCUACAAGAGCAUGUUUGGAGCCGCCCCCCCGGACGCUUUGCUCCUUCCUAGAAAGCGUCCACAGCGAGGACCAGCUUUGCUCCGGGAAAUCCUGCAACUAAUAGCGGCUAUGCCGCAAUCACAGCCACAGCCGGAGACUCUUCAGCGGGCCUCGUUGAUCCGUAGUUCCAAUACCUCACUGGCUUCGCUAUUCUCGCGAAGAAGGGAGCCUUAUGUGCAGCAGCGACCGCUCCAGGAGCCGGCCCUAAAUGUGAUGAAUGCUCUGGCCGGUCUCAAAAACAUAACCAAAGGAAACUAUGGCACUCUGGCUACACCUCUCGAGGAUAACCGGCGACAGGAACGUGGAUUCGAGGAGUCACUGCACUAUGUGCUCACCUAUGGUAGUCAUGGCGACAUCCUUGCCUUCCUGCUCGGACGUAAUGAGCUUCGGGCAGCAUUGCGCUAUUGGAAGCACCAACAGUUGGACGCCGACCUUUUCAUCCAGCACAUCUUCCAGCCCCAACUGGCCAGCGGCUCUCUGCCCCUUUUGGUAGAUGAACUGCAGCAACUGGAUGAUUCUCAGGGGAGUGGGUGGCAACUACCGCUCUUGCAAACCUGCUCCCACCUGGUGAAGCAUCAACAGCUCAACUCACUCUACCAGUUGCAACUCCUCCUGAAGGACCCGAUACGGGCCAGCAUGACCUGUGUGAAAUUCUAUCCCCUGCAAUGCGAGAACUUCCAGAGAUUGCACACCAAUGCCCAGCACCUGCUCUCAGCUCAAAUGCACCUGCAGGGCGAAUUGGACCUGGCCGAGUGGGAGCUUCUGCAGCGGCAACAGGGGCGACGGGCAAGCGUAGUGAGCACUGCCAGUACUCGAGACGCCAGCUUCGCCAUGCAGAUGGAUGCUAGAGCGCUCAAUGGACACAUCAACACCAUCCGCCGACAAAUCGAGGUGGCUAAGUUCCUGGCCCUUUGCGAACGGGAGCAGCCGCCCGAUGAGCCGCUCCGGACUCUACAAGCUCUCAAACAGAUUCGUCUGGAGUCCACUAGAGCGAAUCUUCCCACGCUGUUUGAAGGCACCUCAGAUCGGAUUCAAAUAUGUAUCUUGAUUUUGCUGUGUGGUAAGAACAUUGACGAAGGCUUUGGCCUUGCAUACGGAAUUAUACAAGACUACAAGUUGCCCACAAUCAAAGUGUUCGGAGCCACCGCCAAGUACCUAGCUCGCAAUAAACGUCUGGCGGAGGUGGAUCGUCUGCUGGACUGCAUUGGCAGCAAUAAUGGCAAUGCCAUUUCCACCGAAACCGAUGAGAUUCUCUCGACUGCCGUCAAUGCCGCCGUGCAUAGCAAUGCACCGGAAACAAAUCAAAUUCUCGAUCGCCUCAUCCAGCGCAUCGGAAGUGUGGAGCUGCGCAUCUCCUCGUACAUUUACAUCGGCCAGCUUAAGGCCGCCUACAUGCUAGCCAACAUGCAUGGUCGCUUGGAGGACGUGAAGCGCAUUCUGCGUCAGGCUGAGCUCACCGGUCAAGUGGCCAUAAAGAAGCUGUGCGAGAAGAAGCUCAAAUUCAGCGCCUCUCUAACGCCUAUGUGAUAUUUCAAACCCUCGGGCCAAACCCAUUUUAUACAAUUAUAUUUCGUAGGGAUUUUAAGGUUUUCCGAUAAAGUGGUACACAAAAUGUCAUACAUCAUCGAAUUUUAGGAUUAUUAUAUUAAUUUUACCACUUUGGAAGGUCCUUUGAAACCCCUAAUUAUUUUAUGUCUGGGUCUAGGAUAGGAAAUUUGUUUUUAGAAACUAAAACUUAUAUAGAUCAAUUUUAACCUUCCAAAGGGCCAGCAAGUAUUCUACCCUCUCGAGCUCAAAGACUCCCAACUAACCAAAUUAUAUUAUUGAUUGUACUGUAUUAUCUCAAUGUUAUCAAUGUUUAUAUAUAUUAAAUAUACUGUUAUAUGUUUAUUCACA